GAGGCCAUUCCUAAAGUUCUUUUUACCUAAGGUUAUAGUUUAAUACUAGACAUAGCAGUUUCUAAUCCCAGUUCUGUCCACUGGCCAGCAUGAGUGCCCACUUGUAGGGCUACCAGAUCCCUGUGGCAUUGGGCUCCAGUUGUGUCCCACCCCACCCCCACUAUCUGGUAUUAGAUGGUCACACAGUGGUGGGUGGUAAUCUCCCGUUUGCUGAAAGGGAGAUGGCUGGUCUGUGGGAGUGAGGGAUGGCUGAGUGGACUGUGCAGGGAUCCUUUUCUACCAGGCUGCACGGUGCAUGCUGCACGCUGAUCUGCGGGAUGAAAGCCCCCAAGUCUAGGUGUGUAUAGAGUUGGUAUGGUUUUCUGAGAAGUUCCUUGAGCCCAUGUGCUAGCAGGGGCUUGCUCUUGGCUGAGCCCCAUCACCAGGUAGGUAGUCUAGGCCAGUCCAUCUAGGUCACUCUGCCCCUUGUGUGGAUCGGAGCUGCCCCCUCUAAAUAUAGUCCAGGGAAAGUGAGCUCAGGCCUAUUUUAAAAGCAGGUUGGGAGGCAGCCAGGCCUCUCCCAGAAUCUGAAAGGAGCCACUGCUGUCUUUGUCAAGUUCUGCUACUGGGCACUCUUAUUGGGCCCUGACUACCUACCAACUGCCAUGCCUGAGGAGACCCAGGAAGACACCGUGUUGCCAAUGCAGAACCAGAGGAACAGGGGAACACUGGCUCCUAACCACGUGCAGGAGGUACGCCUGCACCGAGUGGAGUCCAUCAGUGACCUACACAGCGGAGGCUCGCUACGGCCCUGUCUGGUGGAGGAGGCACAGGCAUGGGAGGAGCUUCUGGGUGUCUUACCGCCAUCACUGUGCACCCAAGCUGGUCGCAGCCCAGUGUGUGGCCGUGGGGGGUUCCUGCUGCUGCUGGUACUGCUGGUGCUCACCUGCCUGGCGCUGGCCAUCGUGGCUGUCUACUUAAGUGUGCUGCAGAGCGAAUCCCUGAGGGUGUUGGCUCACACACUGCGCACACAAGAGGAGACUCUGCUCAAAUUGCGUCUGGCUAGCCUCAGCCAGCUAAGAAGGCUCAACUCCAGUGAGGCUCGGGCACCCAGCUGAGAUGCCAUCUGUAUGUGAGACUGUGGGGAGGGGGAAAGGGACUUUUGGCAGGUCUCCGUUCUCCCACUGAUGGCUUCAUCUACACUACUCCUUUCUGUACAAGCCUGAUGUAACUCCACAGCUGCCUGUUUCUCUUGACCUCUUCAGGCCAGGCCUGACCAAGCUCUGGUGCCAGAGUCCUGCUUUGGAUAGCCAAAGGUCAGAGGAUGGGGCACCAGCCUUUGCCUGGCACCUCCUGUCUGCACCCUCUGGCCACCCCCAGACAGGAGGUUCAGAAGUCUAGAAAUAGCUGUCCCGGCUCAGCCACCCACUCUGCCAGGCCUCCCAGUGGGGGGUCCAGUCUCAGCUCUCAAGACAAGUGAGGCUGAGCUGGGGAACUACGUGUCCUGCCAUGGAGGACAAAGGUGAGGUAGAGAUCUUAGCUGCGGCCAAACCUGGGGUGGGAGACGGGAGGGAGGGAGGGCAGGCAAGACUCAGGAUA